AUGUCGCGACGGUUACCUUCCAAAGAUGAUGAUGACAUUGAAUUUUGCAAGCACGACGUGUUCCUCCUGCCGACCCGAUUGCUCCCUCCGGACAAAGAUUUGGAAGAAGAUCUGAGCGACGUCUCGAUGCAAGAAGACGUGGUCGAUGAGGACGACGUCGACGAGAUUCUCGCGUUCGAGCAACAUCUGUCGACGCCGCAGUCAACAACGGAAGAGAGGUUGAGCAUGGUUGACGCGUUGUACCGAGCAGCGGACACCUACGGAUACGAUGUGGACGGCACAAAUCUCCCGGACGACGCGAUGUUCCCGACGUUAGAUGAGGCCGCCUUCUUCUCGACGAUCAUUUCCUGUGGAGAGCCGCACGAGAUGGAAUGUGUUGCUCUCUGGGAUUACUUCGGAGGGAACAACUUCGAUGAUCUGAACGUCCACGCGGGGGAUACCGUCUUCGUCGUCGCAGAAGAGUUUCAGUGAGAGGCCACGGAGAACCUUUCUAAUGCUAUCACAGAGAAUUUUGUAGAGUAAGAGUGACCGACGAGCACAAUUAUUUGCGUCUUCCUUUCCAAUGGUCGCUCGGCCGUUGGAUAUCGGAUCGGCCCGUCAAUCCGUACCUCGGACUCAUUCCUUCCCACUACCUCGUCUCCAAACAGUUCUAUGACGGUGAGCCUUCCUUUCCGCCUCUUUCCCUCUCACCUUUUUUUCUUUCUUAGAUCACCCACUUCUAUUCAAAUGGCCCGUUUGGUAUCUCGGAAACGCCGAAGUGCACGAGGUUAUCGGCAAGCUUUACAGUGAUCGUUCCGCGCUCUGUCCCGGUCUGUUCGCCAUCUUCUCUCCAGCAUGGCUCAAUAUUGAUCUGGACGAGCAGAGGUGUUAUUUACUGAUGAUACUGCUGGAACGCGACAAGAAGCACGACGAACGACUGGGACAACUGAUUGAGAUCGAGAAAGGAAGUGGGGUGAAAGAUAUCAACUCUUGCUGAGAAGGAUGUUGCAGAUUACGGCAUCUUGACUGAUUCCAUCAAUCACAUCUUCGGAGAGAUGCUUCCCGAGAACUUGCUGCAGCAGAAAACGGAGAGAAUGGAGCACAUCGAGUUCAUUUCGGAGAUCGAAACUACGCCGUUCGCUCCGGCAGUGGUCCCCAUCCAUCGGUCAUCAAUGGGACACUUUGAGUUCAUGGGAAUACGGUACGAGACUCUGUACGACCUCGUCCAUCAUCUGGCCACCACCCGGACAGCACUCCCCCACAAACUGGUAUACUGCCGUUCUUCUCCGCUCGUCGUCGGUCGAAAUGUAGUUCCUCCUCCUACUGCGAACUUCAAAAAGGAUUUACGAUGUCAGCCGAUGACGAUUGAGCAGUGGGCAGCCAGCCAUUUCGAUCAGGUGACGAGGAGAGUGGAAGGCAACGAGAAGACGUUGUUCACAACGAAGACCAUAUUCGAUCCGGAUAAGAAAAGACAUAUGGUAGUGGCGGACAAACUGAACUUGUCUCCACAGACUAGGGCAGCAAUGAGGGCUUACUUGAAGAAGUUCGAACUGCCGGAGACUGCGCAGCACAAGGUUAGAGGCAUCCGCAUCAGAACUGAAUGGGGUAGAACUUCCAGAACGCGGAGAAGCUGUGGGAAAGAAUGCCACAACACGAGACAUCGAUUCGCAUUUUCUCGCCCUUCUAUACGGAUUUCGGAAAGAUUGUGAGCGCUUCUCCUUUCACUUUUCAAUCUUCCAAAUUGAGUUUUUUUUCAGGAUUGCGGAGGCGGAGAACUGGGAAAAGGCGCGUUUGGAACAGUGUGCAAAGGACAUGUGCAGAAAAGUGCACGGGAAAGAAUGCCGGUUGCAGUGAAGAGGCUCAGGUUGCGGCAGAAUCAGAACAAGGACAGGGACCAGGCAUUCAACGAGUUGGAGAUUCUCGAGGUGCCAACGCCUUCCCUUCUUUUGCUUAUUCGAUGCUUCAGAUGGUCGCCCAUCCGAAUGUUGUCUUCUAUUACGGAUUCUCAGUGCACGACGACAAUCUUUACCUGCUCUUCGAACUCAUGGACACUUCCCUUGACAAGUUCGUCGAUAAAUCGGAUGCGAUUCUUUCGGAGAACGAGCGACUAGAUCUUCUGGCGCAAAUUUGCCGCGGAAUGAGCUUCUUGCACACACGAACACCGCCCGUUGUUCACGGAGACUUGGCGGCACGGAACGUUCUCCUGAAGAAGCAUCCCGUUUACAUCAAAAAGUUCGUAUCGCUUUCUUUUCCUCUACAAAUGCUUCUUCUUUUCAGAUACAUUGCUAAAAUCACGGAUUUGGGACUGGCGAAGACGUGUCGCGAAGAGCUCUUCACAGAUUACGACGAUCCGCAUAAAAUCCCUUUUAAGUGGCUGCCUCCGGAGGUGCUCAGCAGCCGGACACUGUCCCUCAAGACCGACGUUUGGGCGUUUGGGAUUGUGUGUUUCGAGGUGUGCGAUAAGAUGGGCGAGCCGUACGGAGCCCUCGUGGCGGCGACGAACCUCUGCCAGUUCUUGAAAGACGGGUUCCGACACGAGAAGGGAUUAAACAUGUCGGACACAAUCUAUGAGAUUUCGAUGGAUUGCAUGAGAGAGCAGCCGAUGGAUCGGCCCAGUUUUGGGUUGGUUGCCGUGACAAGAGACCGUCUGCUACAGUAAUCUGUUGCAGAGAACUGGUCGAACGAUUCCUCGAUUGCAUAAUUGAAACGGACGGAGAGGAUGAGAAGAAUCUGAGGGCGAGGGAGAAGGUGAUGGCGGAGAAGACGCGAAGGGACCGAAUGAAGAUGACCCACGACAACCUCCUUGCGGAUGGCUUGUGA